AUGGACAAGUACGAGGUGGUAAAAGAUUUGGGUGCUGGCAAUUUUGGUGUAGCCAGGCUCUUAAGGCACAAAGAAACCAAACAACUUGUCGCCAUGAAAUACAUUGAACGUGGACACAAGAUUGAUGAAAACGUAGCUAGGGAAAUUAUAAACCACAGAUCACUUCGCCAUCCCAAUAUAAUUCGUUUCAAAGAGGUGGUUUUGACACCGACACAUUUAGCAAUAGUGAUGGAGUACGCAGCUGGUGGAGAGCUCUUUGAUCGAAUCUGUACUGCAGGCAGAUUUAGUGAAGAUGAGGCUAGGUACUUCUUUCAGCAGCUGAUUUCUGGAGUUUGUUACUGCCACUCCAUGCAAAUAUGCCAUAGAGAUCUGAAAUUGGAAAACACGCUUUUGGAUGGAAGCCCGGCACCACGGCUCAAAAUCUGCGACUUUGGCUACUCCAAGUCUUCCGUUCUGCAUUCGAAACCAAAAUCUACCGUCGGCACACCAGCCUACAUUGCACCGGAAGUUCUCUCCCGUCGAGAAUACGACGGCAAGUUGGCGGAUGUAUGGUCUUGUGGAGUGACUUUAUACGUGAUGCUGGUGGGAACUUACCCUUUUGAAGAUCCAGAUGACCCUAAGAAUUUCAGAAAAACUAUUUCAAGAAUAAUGGCUGCUGAGUACAAAAUCCCGGACUACGUUUACAUAUCUCAAGAUUGCAGGCACCUUCUCUCUCGCAUAUUCACUGCCAAUCCCCACAAGAGAAUCAAUGUAAAGGAGAUGAAGAGCCAUCCGUGGUUUUUGAAGAAGUUGCCUAAGGAACUUACGGAGGAAAAUCAGGCGGUGUAUUAUCAGAAAGACGAGCCGAGCUUCUCGCUUCAAAGUAUCGACACGAUUAUGAAAAUCGUGAGCGAAGCACGAAAAGCGCCUCCCAUGUCGAGGCCGGUGGGAGGCUUCGGAUGGGGAGGUGAAGAGGAUGAAGAAAAUGAACAAGAAGAAGAAGAGGAAGAAGAAGAUGAGUAUGAGAAGCACGUGAAACAAGUCCACGCGAGUGGGGAGUUUCAUCUCUAA